UUCCCUAGCACGGACACAGUCUCGAAAAAUCUCAACUGCAUCGCAUUCAAGCGAAACGAGAUCGUAGUCAAUUGUGGUGUUAGUCACACGUGGAAAAGCGAUCUUUCGAAAUUUCUGACAAAAAUGGCUAUGCACGUACCGAAAGCGCCUGGUGUAGCGCAGAUGCUUAAGGAUGGGGCCCGCUAUUUCUCUGGCCUUGAAGAAGCGGUUUACAGGAACAUAACAGCCUGCAAACAAUUUGCGGAUACUGUAAGAAGUGCAUAUGGUCCUAAUGGCAUGAAUAAGAUGAUUAUCAAUCACAUUGAAAAACUAUUUGUAACUAAUGAUGCAGCAACAAUUAUUAAUGAACUGGAAGUGGAACAUCCAGCUGCAAAGCUAUUAGUUUUAGCAUCAAAAAUGCAAGAAGCUGAAGUAGGAGAUGGAACAAACUUUGUUAUUAUCUUUGCUGGAGCACUGCUUCACGCUGCGGAAGAACUUCUUCGCCUGGGGAUUACAACUUCAGAAAUUGUUGAAGGCUACGAAAGUGCCUUAGACAAAGCACUUGAAAUUUUACCUACCUUAAUUGUUCAGAAGAUAGAUGAUGUACGCGAUGAAAACCAAGUUAAAAAGGGAAUCAGGAGUGCUAUUAUGAGCAAACAAUAUGGAAAUGAGGAUUUUCUCGCUUCUCUUGUCACUCGGGCUUGUAUUGCCAUCUUACCGGAGGAAACAGCAUUUAAUGUCGACAAUGUACGAGUUUGCAAAAUACUUGGAAGUGGCUUGAACAACUCUCAAGUGGUGCAAGGCAUGGUAUUUAAGCGUCAGGUAGAAGGAGAAGUCACGAAGAAGAUUAGCGCAAAGAUCGCGGUUUACACUUGCGCCGUGGACAUCACUCAGACUGAGACCAAGGGCACCGUGCUGAUAAAGACAGCCGACGAGUUGUUGAAAUUCUCGCGUGGCGAGGAAUCGCUGCUGGAGACUCAGAUCAAAGCUAUUGCUGACAGCGGCGCCGAAGUGGUGGUGUCCGGCGGAAAAUUUGGAAACAUGGCUCUACACUACAUGAACAAGUACAAUCUGAUGGCUGUUCGGAUUCCGAGCAAAUUUGACGUCAGGCGAUUAUGCAAGACUGUCGGCGCCAUAGCGCUCUCAAAGCUGGUGCCUCCGUCGAAAGAAGAGUUGGGAUACGCUGAUACAGUAUACAUAGACGAGCUGGGGGAUACUAUAGUGGUGAUAUUCAAAUUGGAGGGAAAGGAGAGCCGCGUCAGCACUGUGCUUGUGCGCGGUUCCACCGAGAAUUACAUGGACGAUAUUGAGCGCGCAAUUAACGAUGGUGUUAACACUUUCAAGGGCAUUACCAAAGAUGGCAAAUUUGUCCCAGGCGCAGGUGCUACGGAAAUCGAACUGGCCGCACAGGUGGCGUCGUAUGCUGACACGCUACCUGGUCUGGAGCAAUACGCCGCGCGCAAAUUCGCCACUGCUUUAGAGGUAUUUCCCAAAACGCUGGCCGAGAGCACUGGCGUUCAUGCAUCCGAGCUUCUGUCGAAACUUUACGCCGCGCAUAAAGAAGGAAAGAAGAACCAUGGUUUCGAUAUUGAUAAUGGUGGUGCAGCCCUGAUUGAUACCGUUGAGGCAGGAAUCCUGGACUUAUAUUUGACGAAGAAAUGGGCGAUGAAGUAUGCAGUUGGUGCAGCAUGCACAGUUCUUAAAGUAGAUCAAAUUAUUAUGGCAAAACGAGCAGGUGGCCCGAAGGCUCCACCCAGUGGUGCUCGCGAUGAAGACGAGUAAUAAAGAAUCAAUCGCUGGCGUAAUCUUUGUUGUAAGAAUUCAGCAAAUGUAUUAAAUAAAAACUGUGAUUGUACGUAAUGAUGAAAAAUGGAGUAGUAUUCAGUAGCAAACAAUAUUUUUUUAUAAAUACAGAUAUGAUAUAAUCAUAAAUUUUCAUGUUUAAUUUAUAAUGUGGCUGCGCAAAUUUUAAUGUAUUUCAAAUAUUAAUAGAAUAGAAAGGAUAUAUAGGCAAAUGACAACAUUUAACUUCACUUCUUAUUCUAUUUCCAAGAAUAAACAAAAGUUUCUACAAUUUUUAACUUUUAUCCAAUACAUCUGCUGAAUUCUAACACAGAUAUCAAAUAAAAUUGUUAAAUAAAUUUGUAUUCAAUGUCA